AUUGCCUUGUAAAUUUGAUGCAUUAUAUAAUAUUAGUGAGUUAUCAUAAAAAAUUAUUCAUGAUGGUGUUUAGAAAGAACAUUGGAAUGACCGAGAAGAACAAAUAUUGUUGGAAUUAUACGAGCCUGAGAUAACAAAGGUGAAUUACAUUGCAAAUAAUUUAAAAGCCCCACAACGAAAGCAUAUAUUAACAGUUCUCGAACGGAGGACGGGUAAAAAUCUUACGUGGAUCAAGGUGAAGAACAAAAUAGACACCUUAAAGAAAAAGCAUAAGGCAUGGCUUGAUCUUAUGGGUCGAACAGGAAUUACCUCAGAUUCUAUUUCUGGAAGAAUCACAAUGGAUGAUGACUGGUGGGUAGACCGUGAAAUGGAGUGUGAGAAGAUACGUGCAUUACAUCGCGAACCACCAAAACAAUGGGAUAUAAUGCAACGUAUAAUUAAGAACCAUGAUGUCUCAGAUCAACAUAUGUAUGAUGUUGCAGAUGCACAAAGAGAGAUAGAAGAGGAGAACAAUGAUCCUGAUGUCAAUGAUGAAUACAAUACUGAUGAGGUCCCGGCUACACGUGACUAUAUUCCUCAGCCCCUAGAUGAAGAUGGUCAACAACCAGACUUGUCAUUCUUUGAUUCACAAGAGUUGAAUGCAGAAAGUCCAGUGUUACAACAAGAAGAGGUUGGUGGUCGGUCUGGUAGGCAAAUAUCACGACAAACCCCAUAUAGUACUGAUGGAGCUGAAGCAUCUCGAAGGAGUACUGCAUCUCGAUUGCGAACAUCUGCUAAUAGCGGUCGUGGUAGUCGUAGAAGAAGAGAGUUCGAAGGAUCUUUUACUGAGGCUUUCCAAGGGAUGGCGGAUGCACGACGUGCUACUGUUUCUUCAUUGCGUCCAGAUAACGCAGAAGAUUAUAAGACUUUUAAAGAAGCAUUUCGUGCUUUGAAACGUUUACCAAUCGAGAAGUUUGGAGAUUUUUGUGUGAAUCAGUACGAGCUCUAA